ACUAUUUAUUUAAUUAUUUAUUUCCCGGUCUCGAGUACAGUUUUGGUAUUUGGGACGUCACAGCGCCACAGGCCACUAUACGGCACCCGCCAUUUUGAUUUCAGGCAUGAAGUCGCUGAGAAUUUCGAGCAGCAGUUUUCCGAUAGCAGUCACCUUCAGUUUUGGCAGUUAGCUGUUUUUAUACGUACAUGGGUGUUUCUCUGGUGUUGUAACUACGAUUUCAACGUCCAGUUUCAAGUCGUUUUAAGCGGAUCGGGUCAAGGGAGUCCUGGCCUGCCGUAAAUCCCUAACGGGCCAAUCAGCAUGCAGUAGAAGAAGAUUAACUUUUUAAUGGCCAAAAUCUGCUUCCGUGCAGGAAAACUAAAGGAUACGAGUCUUGUUUUAUUUACCCUUUCGUCGAAUAAUAAUAUAUAGUUAUUGUAUGUGUGUAAGGUGUCUUAAAGCAAGAAAAACAAUUAUAACUUUAGUUGUUUAGCGCCAUUGAGUUUACCUCCCGAGCGCCCUCUGCUGUGCUACCGGCUGAACUGCAACCCAUCGGAUCAAUAACUCGGUGAGUGACUGAGCGACAUGGAUGCGAACUGCCGGGACUGGAUGUCAGCCUUACCUGAAGAGCUGUGGGACAUUCCUCUCACACACCUGGCCAUUCCAGGAAGCCACGAUGCCAUGAGUUACUGCCUGGACAUAAACUCCCCGUUGGUCAGGGCUGAGUCGGACGUUUUCCGGCUCCUGGAUGGAGUUUUUAGCUGCUUCACAAGGCCAGCCAUUUUUAGAUGGGCUACCACACAGGAUAAAACCAUUGAAGAACAGCUUUCAAUGGGGAUUCGGUACUUUGACCUCCGUGUUGCACACAAACCAAACGACUCAUCCAGCGACUUGUACUUCACACACGUCAUAUACACUCAUGUGACAGUCCUGGAAACACUCGAGUCUGUUGCUGCUUGGCUCGAGGCUCACCCAAAGGAGAUCGUUAUCCUCGCUUGCAGCCAUUUUGAAGGAAUGGAUGACAAAUGCCACGAAUCAUUCAUUUGGUCCCUGAAGAAACUGUUUGGCUCUAAGCUGUGUCCCCAGAAGGAAUCGGCGCUGACCUUGCGGAGUCUGUGGGCGUCUGGUUACCAGGUCAUCCUCUCCUAUGAAUGCCAGCUUGCAGUGAGACAUCAGGAGCUGUGGCCUCCCAUCCCUUACUGGUGGGCCAACCAGCGCAGAGCACAUGGAGUCAUGACUUACUUGGACUGGCACAAAGACCUGGGACGUCCAGAGGGCUUCUUCGUGUCCGGCCUGAACCUGACAGCUGACAGAUGUUACAUCGCCAAGAACCAGAAGGAAUCCCUGCGGACGCUCACCUACAGCAACUGGGAGUAUUUGAGGACAUGGCUUGAGGAACAGCUUCCCGGAUCAGACGCCAGGAGCCUCAACAUCAUUGCGGGAGACUUUGUGGGUUCACUGCCGCUCUGCUCUGCGGUGAUUGCACUGAACCAAAAACUUUGCUGGAAGAACUCCAGCCAGAUGAAAAAGCAUUAUUAGCCACACCAAACCUCAUUUCCUGUGUUCCUCGAUGUCUCGCAGUUUACAUGAAUUUUUUGUCUCCACUAAGACUUGAAAGAACUGUUACUUAUGUCUGCCUCAACAUCAAUUCAUGAGGGCAUUUUAUGCUUAUUACAACCUUUUUAUUCUUAUACUCAACUAGAGUAGCUUUAGGAACCCCCUCAGUUUACCAUAAAAACAAGCUGUUUUAGCCCCUCCCCCUUUAGCCAACUUUCUUCGGACUGGCUGCCACUCGCAAACAGAAGGUUUUCACAGCAGGUGUGUGUAGAAAGAGAAGACGAAACUCUGAAACUGAGCAUUUAGAGCCAUCUGAAGCUUGGCUUUUAUCUCUCAUGGGUUAUUUGUGCAUCUGAAUCUUUGUGCAAUUUGAGUUUUUACAAGAAAACAUUGUAACAGAUUUGUAUCAUUAUAUAUUUUAAUAUACUGUACAGUAAACACAGUCUUUUCUUUAA